GCCUUAUCUAUUCAGGCACAGCGGGGUAUAGAACAAUCGAAGUCGGAAGACGCCCUAAAUAUAAAUCCGGGUUUACUGGUGCGGACUGAGCGAACCUGAACAAGCGCGAUCCAUCCUCCGAAAUGACCAGUCAGACUUGACAAUUCAAUCAUGCCACUUGCGGGCGCCUCAAAAGCGUUUUCCAACGAUUGGGGUGGCGGGGUCGCACGGGAACCGCGGCGCAGCUUUGACGCCGUCGUACUAGAACAGGACCCCGAAAAGCAUAAGCAUGCCCUUUUUCAAGGAGGCCUCGUCUUUCUUUCAUCUUAUCUUUGCUACUGUUAGCUUGAUCUGACGAAACCAUUCUGUCUUUCAUUAUGAGUAAAUCAAAAACAUCAAGCGACAGGAAGCCCAUUGCGGCUACCCUGGACGAAAUAUCGAAAUGCUUUGGACAGUUCUUUGCAGUCGAAGCUACGAUUCGUGGCAUGUUGAAUGGAAGCAUUUCACUUCCAGUGAAUGUAGUCUUGAAUAGAGAGACUGUAAUCAGCGCAGAGAACUUCUUGGAGAAGGUUCGUAGAGCAAGAUCAGAAAUCUUCAACAAAUUAGUUCAACUCGGAGAUGCGCAACUUGACUCCCUUGGUAACGUUGAGAAGAAGGCAGUUGGCUCAGUUCCAUUCAACAAGCAAGUCAAUAUAAUCUCAGCCAUGAGAAACGACUGUGAAAGGCGGCAGAAGGAGGCAACCACAAGGGCAGACAGGAAAUCGUUUACUUUGACACAAGUGAAUGACUUCAUUGAACACAUGAAACUUGUUGCCAAGAUGGUGAAGACCAGUGGACCGACACUCAAGGAAACCUACGAUAUCCUCAACGCUUCCGCAUACGAAGUCUCGGAGAUGAGGAAGGAGGAAGAGAAACUGUCGAUAAUGAGCGGAGCGAAAGUUGGAACUGAUAUGGAGCCAGGAUUGCAAGGUCGGACGCCAGACAGAUAUACUGUUCCGACUUCGAAGGUCUCCGAUGACUACGAUUCAUGCAAUAGCUCAGAAUUUGGAGAAAUCAAUUAUUCAGAACUCAACAUGACGACCACGUAGCCCAUGGGGAAAGAGUCGAUUAGACGCUACACAAGGGCGUUUGAUACAGUGUAUACGAGUUUCCUUCAGGAUGAUGGAUUGUUAGAUUUUGGCGGGGUCAAGGAUACCAUUUGAUAUUUGGCAAUGUUAAUGCUUUAUUUCCUAUUCUCACUUCACAUGGAAUUAGACCAUCAAGCACUUGUUUUAAGACAUCCAUUACUCGGGGUUGAAAGAAAGAAAAUCACAUUUCUCGC